GGCGCGCGCUCUGGGCGCUGAGAGAGGCGUGUCCAAUCAAAGGUUGAGCAGAGGAAGAGCGCGUUUCCCUUCGCACGCGCAGCCGGCAGGUGCCGCGAGUCAGCAUUUGAAAUGACUGCCCACCUGGCCGUAUGGGAAGAUGUUUUGCACAAUGAGCAGCUCAUUCCGGAGGUAGCUGCAAUCGCUGUGGAUGCAGCAUUGCUUGAAGGAGUUCUGAUGAGGACCAAAGAGGAAUCCAAUUCAUCCGAUGUGGUGAAUUAUGCUCCCUUUACAUUGCUUCCAUCUGUAGUACCAAGCACCAUCUUUGAACAAGCCUAUGCUGUUCAACAAGAUUUUAACCUACUUGUGGAUACUAUUAGCCAGAACGCGGAAUUCCUGGAACGCACUCUUGCUAGCACCAUCAAAGUGGAUGACUUCACAGCUCAUCUCUUUAAAAUCUACAAGCAAGUUCUGAAAGAAGGGUUGGCUCAGUCAGUAUUCUUAGGAAUAAAUCGCUCCGAUUAUAUGAUUGACCAUGGCACAGGUGGCACUCCGGCACUGAAGCAAAUCGAAAUAAACACCAUUGCUGCCAGCUUCGGAGGCCUUACUUCGAGAACCACCGCUGUGCAUCGGCACAUACUGAAUGUUUUGGGGAAGUCCAAGGAAGCUUUGAAGUUACUGGACAAUAAUCCAUGCAAAGGGAUUGCCUUGGGCAUUGCGAAAGCUUGGGAACUCUAUGGCUCAGCCAGGGCUGUGGUGGUGGUCCUGGUUGCAGACCCCCAAAGGAAUAUUUUUGACCAACGCUGCAUAGAAAAUGAGCUGUGGACCAGGAAUAUCCGGGUGAUCCGGAGACGGUUUGAAGAUGUGUUUGAAAAGGCAUCUUUAGAUAAUGACAGGAGACUGUACAUGGAAGGCCAAGAGGUUGCGGUGGUGUAUUACAGAGAAGGUUACAUGCCAGAGAACUAUAACAAACAGAACUGGGAGGCACGGUUGUUGAUUGAAAGGUCCAAAGCAGUUAAGUGUCCUGACAUUGCUACCCAACUUGCUGGGACCAAAAAAGUUCAGCAGGAGUUGAGCCAGCCAGGAGUCGUGGAGAGAUUACUGCCCAGCCAGGCUGAGGCGGUUGCUCGGAUAAGAGCAACGUUUACUGGCCUCUAUUCCCUGGAUAUGGGUGAAGAAGGAGCUAAGAUGGUUGCAAUGGCCAUUGCUGAUCCAGAACGAUAUGUGCUAAAGCCGCAGCGGGAAGGCGGAGGGAACAAUCUCUAUGGGGAAGAGCUCAAGCAACUUCUGGAGAAGAUUAAAGACAGCCCUGAGAGGGCCUCCUAUAUCCUAAUGGAUAGGAUCAGACCUCAGACAUCGAUGAAUUACUUGCUCAGGGCUCACAGUCCCCUGAAAAUAUCAGAAUGUGUCUCUGAGUUGGGGGUCUUUGGUGUCUACGUCAGGCAGGGGAAGGACAUUGUGGUGAAUAAGCACGUUGGUCACCUCUUGCGAACCAAGGCAGUUGAGCAUGCAGAUGGCGGGGUGGCAGCUGGGGUGGCUGUGCUGGAUACUCCCUAUGUGAUAUGAAGAGGAUACCUCCCACAUCUGUUGCCCUAACUGCUGCCAGAAGAGCUGUGAUUUCCUUUAGGGUUUGAUUACUUCAGUGUCUUGAUUAGAGACAUUUAUCAGGACCACAGGGACAUUCCCUCUCCAUGCCCAGUGAUCACGAGGAGGGCAUGUGCAAUCACACUUGUACCACAUACUUUUAUGCUACUCCCUCCCUCCCCCUUCUUAUCUUUCCUUUUUUAAUUCUUCCCUCAAAAUCUUUGGGUUCUCA